CUUCAUUUAUCAUUUCAAGGUUUAUCACUUUUUCAAAACCAAUAUAAUGCAUUGCCUCAACCAUGGAAUGAUGUAUAUCAUAUUCAUUUAUUCUUUUAUUUAUUUCUUAUUUAAGAUGAUGCAGAUAAAUUCUAUGAAAUAGUUGAGAAAUUAAAUAGAGAAAAUGGUGAACAGGUAUUAACAGAUCAACUAAAUAAACAUUGGAUAAGACUAUUUGCUAAAACAUGUACUGGUGAUUUAUGUCCAAUUCAAUCUAUUAUUGGUGAAAUUGUUUUUGGUGAAGAUUUUCAAGAUAAACUAGGCAAUGCUAAAUACUUUCUGAUUGGUUCAGGUGCAAUUGGUUGUGAAAUAUUGAUAAAUUUUGCUAUAAUGGGCAUUGGAUGCGGAAGAGAUGGUACAGUAUUUGUAUCCGAUAUGGAUUCAAUCAAGAUAUCGGAUUUACAUCGACAAUUUCUACUUUGUUCUCGGAAUAUUGGUAAAAUGAAAUCAAUAGUAGCAGCUCAAUCAAUAAAAGUAAUCAAUCCCAAUAUGCAUGUUCAUGCAUAUGUAGAUGGGGUUUUACCAGAAACAGAACAUAUAUAUAAUGAUCAUUUUUUUCAACAAUUGGAUGGUCUUGUCAUUGCAGUUGACAACGUCAAAACUCGUAAGUAUUUUGAUAACAUUCGAAUCACUGAUAUAGAUUAA